AGUGCCAGAGAGGGAGCCUGCAGCAGGGAGAGGCCGGGAAGGACCGCUCAUCCCCCCGGGGUACUGCAGCCCCCAGGCCAGAGGGGCCGGGAAACCCACCCCUAGGGCAGAGGGCUCUGCAGAGGGCAGGGACCCAGCGGGUGCGGAGCGGAGCCUGCAGUCCCUGUGUCAUCCUCCUCUUCCUCCAGCUGCCCGCUGAGGGACCAUGCCUGGCCUGUACGCCCUCUCCUCCUGGGAGGCUCUGCCCCUGAAAAGCUCCAGGGUGAAGGCUUGUGCCAACGGGUACUCCCUGAGCAUCACCGCUCACCUUGUGUACACCAACCCCCAUGAGGAGCCUGUGGAAGGCAUCUUCAUCUACCCGCUGGAGGAGUCGGAGGUGGUGGCUGGCUUCGAGGCGGCAGUGGGCAGCCGGCGGGUGACAUUCCAGGUCCAGAACCGGCACCGGGUACAGGACUGCUGCCUCCAGUGCAGCCCCAGCCCCGGCCGGCCACGCCGCUGUGCCAGCGGCCACCUCGUCCUGGAUGAAGAUGUGGAGCGCUCCACCUUUGUCAUCGUCACAGGCACGCUGUGCCCAGCAGAGAGCCUGGCCAUCACCCUGAGCACAGCGCAGGAGCUGGCCACGCUGCCGGAUGGGGCCCUGCGCCUCCUUCUCCCCCCUGUCCUCAUGCCCCACAUCCCCGCCGCCCCCGAGUGCGAGCCGGCAAGCUUGUGUGACGACAGCCCCACCAGCUGUUUCGGGGGGCCAGGUGCCCGGAGCCAGCCAUCCCCCACAGUGCCUGUGGAGACCAUGGAUGUCUUUCGGGGACAGCCCUGCAACCCUUUUCCUUACGAGUUUGCCUUUGAGCUGCUGGUGAAGGGCCCCUGCUUGCUGGCAGGGCUGGAAAGCCCAUCCCACGCCCUGCGAGCUGAUGCUGAUCCCUGGGCCAGCUCUGCUGCCACUACCUGUGUCACCCUGGCUGAGCCCCACCGCUAUGACAGGGACCUGGAGAUCAUCCUCUACCCCUGCGAGCCCCACCACCCCCACCUUGUGAUGGAGGAUGGCACCGUGACAUACCCUGAGUAUGAAGCCCACAUCCGGAGCCGCCGGGAUUAUGUGCGGAUUGCCAGGAAGGACAGCAGCGGUGAAAGACAGGUGGCUUUUGUGCAGAGACGUUUCCACAAAGACAUCUUCCCCAACCCCGUGCUGAUGCUGAACUUCUGCCCGGUGGCGGGGGGUGUCCCUGGGGACCUGCAGAGCAUCACCCGCGAGGUCCUCUUCCUCAUUGACCACAGCAGCAACAUGAAUGGCCCUGACCUUGACAAGAUCAAGGAGGCUUUGCUGGUGGCCCUGAAGAGCCUCCCGUCGGGGACGCUACUCAACAUCGCUGGCUUCGGCACAAACGUCAAGCCGCUCUUCCCAUCCAGCCGCCUCUGCAGCAACGAGACUCUGUGGCGUGCCUGCGAGCACCUCGGUGGGCUGCGGGUAGACGCAGGUGGCACCAACCUGCUGGCAGCCCUGGGCUGGGCGCUGGCGCAGCCCCUCCACCAUGGCUACCCCCGCCAGCUCUUCCUCUUCACCGAUGCGGCGGUGGGCAACGCAGGCAGGAUCCUCCGGCUGGUGCGCAGGCAGGCCAGCACCGUCAGGUGCUUCAGCUUUGGCAUGGGCCGGCGGGCAUGCCGGCGGCUGCUGAAGGGCUUGGCCAAGGUGAGCCGGGGCUGCGCUGAGUUCCUGAGCCCGGACGAGAGGCUGCAGCCCAAGCUGAUCAAGUCCCUGAAGAAAGCGAUUGAGCCAGCUGUCAGCGACAUCACCAUCGACUGGUAUGUCCCUGACAGCAUGGAGGCUCUGCUCUCACCGACCGAGCUCCCAGCCCUCUACCCCGGCGACCGCCUCAUCAGCUACUGCGUCCUCUACAGCAUCGCCCGCUUCCGCGACAGGCGCCCGCUGGGCCAGGAAGGGGCUCAUCGGGGCUCCCGGGGCUCAGCAUUCCCUUCCCAGGAGGAGGUGCCCAGUCCAGGAGAGAACCGACAGCCACCCUGGAACACCCCAGGAUCUGGGGACGCCUCCCUGGAGCUCUUCACUGGGGGCACGGAGGCAUCCGAACAGAGUGUGGAUCCCAUCUCAGGGGGAGACAUCUGGAAGCGGAUUUACCAGCCCUCCUACAUCCAGGAGCAGUACGUCCUGACGCACUGCUCUGUCAGCACCGACCGCAGCCGGGGGCUGCUCUCCCGCAGCUCCACCAGCAGCGAGUCCACCGGCUCCCGCGAUGUGGCCCCUGAGGGUGGCUCAUCAGCCCCUGGCACUGAUGUCACCUCCCAGCAGGGCCAGAAGAGCCUGUCCCUCUGCGAGUCCUCCACCAAAUCCGCCCCGCUGCCCUCUGCCCCAGCUCGUACCAAGGUGACAGUGGCCCUGAGCACAGAGGAGCUGGCGCGGCAGAAGAAGGCAUUGGCACGCACUGCCCUGGCCGGCCGCAGCUUUUCCUCGCCACAUGGGGAAUUGGAUGCCCGCCGUCUCUGUCGGGCCCUGGAGAAGGUGUCACAGAAGAGGAACCAGUCCCUGGAGGGGCGGCUGGAUGAGCUGGGACCCCAGGCACGGCAGCGGCAGCCCAGCACAGUGGGAGUCAAGUAUAACCUCCUCUCGCCCACCCACCUGGACUGGGACAUGCUGGUGGAGCCCUCCUACCUCUUCAGCGCCUCGCCAGCACCCGAGCCGGGGGAGCCCAGCCUGGCCGAUGCCAGCGUGGCUGAUGGCAGCCUGCCCCUGCGCUGCCAGGUGGUGAUCCACGCGCUGCAAGCUGGCAAGCCAGUGUCCUGGGAAGUGACAGCCUCACUGGAAUCGUUGCUGCAGCCCCGGGAGGGGCUGGGCAGGGAGGACCCCCCACGGCGGGCAGCCAAAGCCUGGGACAAGCCACUGCACUGCUUGGCAGCUCGCUCUGUCAUCCGGGACAACGAGAACGCGGCACAGCGGGAAGCCGAGCUGGAGCAGGGUUUUGCCCGCCGUUUUCGCCUGAAAGCCAUGCAAACCAGCAAAGCCUGCAACGUGCCUUCUCUCUACACCCGCCUGGUGCCUGUGGACACUGCCACACACGCAGCCCUGCCCACAGCCCCCGAGGUGUGGGGCACAGGGGCUGAGGUGGCACCGUUCCUUGCAGCUGGCUCAGCCAGCCGGCCCCAAGCCACCACGGCGGGGAACUGGCACCACAGGAGCUCCUCAGCAGGUGUGGACCAGCGGAGAGAUGCGGAGGAGCAGGAUGAGGCCCCUGUCGCUGCAGAGCGAGAUGAGACCCCAGGGUCUCCAGCCAGUGUCUCCUCCCCUACUUAUGGCUCGGAAAAGCAGAACUGCUCGAAUGGGCCUCCAACCAGCCCCUCCACCUCCAUGGGCUCCCAGAAAUCCACGGAGAGCAUCACUGGCUCCAGGUUUAGCCUGAGCAGGCGCAGGGGCCGUCUGGCACUGCGGCCGCAGUGCCUCAGCCCAGAAAGCGAGCGGCCCAGCAACCACGCCAGCCACGACUACCUCCCGCUGGUAAGGGCCCCCAAGCCCCGGGGGCCAUUCCAGCUCACCGAGAGCUUCUCCGAAGUAGUGCAGAUCCCCCUGGACCGCCUGUGCCGGGCCUCUCCCUACGCCUCCCACCGAGCCAGCCUCAGCCCCGUGUCCCCCGGGGCCAGAAGCAGCCCUGAGGCAGGGCCCGGUGGCGAGGAGGGCGAGGAGCUCACUGCAGCCUCACAGCCUGGCUCACCCCCGUCCCGGAGCACUUGCUCCGAGGUGCCCAGUGCAGCUGUGUGGGCGCAGGCGGAUAGUGGGCAUGGCUCUGAGUCCGACACCGGCCCCCACUCAGCCGCUCCCUCUGAGGCUGGCAUGAUCUGGCAGGACGUGGGGCCAGAGGACCUGGAGAGUGCCAGCUGGGCCACAGCAGUGGCUUUGGCGUGGCUGGAGCAUCGCUGUGCUGGCUUCUUUGAGGAGUGGGAGCUGGUGGCGGCCAAGGCAGAUGCGUGGCUGCAGGCACAGCGGCUGCCCGAGGGGGUGGACGUGGGCUGUCUCAAAGGGGCAGCCAGGCACUUGUUCUUGCUGCUGCGUCACUGGGAUGAGAACAUCAAGCUGAACAUGCUGUGCUACAACCCCAACAAUGUCUGAUGGCUGCCAGAGGGGCCAAUAAAGACGCCUGGCUCCACACCGCCUGCACAGGUGUCUCUGUUAUGGGCAGGGAGCCACUGGCCCUGUUCAGGGCACGCUAGGGCUCACCAGAGCCCUGGGGUGGGGGUGACCCCCUUCCCGGCCAUCUCUGGUGGGAGGGAGCACACAGGAGACUAGGAAAAGCCAUCUUGGAGGGAUCUCUGUGCUGCAUCAAGGCGAUUCAAACCUUGAGGCAAAGGAGUUUUGCAGAUCCUCCGUCUUAACCUCACCCUGGAAGCUGC